AUGGAAGAUGAUAGUCCCUAUGAUAAUGUAAUAGAUGAAAUAGGAAUAGAUGAAAUAGAUAGAUUAGUGAAUAAUAAACUUAGUCAAAUUAAAGUAGGAAAUACAAUACGAAGGGUUCAUCCACAAAUAUUCUUUUAUUAUAAUAGUUUUAAUAUUGUAUUGGGUAAACAAGGAACAGGAAAAACAACAUUUAUAAUGAAAGAAUUAAUUAAAUUAAGUAAAAUACAACAUUUAUAUCAAGCAGUUAUUUAUGUAUCACAAAAUGCAGGAGAAGAUGAAACAUUUAAACAAUUGAAAGAAUUAACUACACUUCCUAUUUAUGGAAUGAAUUAUGAAAAAUUUAUGCCAGCAUUAAUGCAAUAUUAUAAACAACCACAAGAAAAACAUUUAUUAAUUAUAUUAGAAGAUGCAUCAUUUGCAUUAAUGAAAGAAGAUAAAUCAUGGGGAGAAAUUAUUACACGAUUACGUCAUUUAAAAACAACUAUUAUUGUAAAUAUGCAUAUAUGGAAAGGGUUAAAUGCCUCAUUUAAAACACAAGUAGCAACAAUUGUUAUAUUUAAAGGAUAUUCUAAAGAAAAUUUUGGAUAUAUUUUCAGACAAACAGCUGCUAAUGCAUCAUCUAAUGUUGCAUAUUAUAUGUAUUUAUCAAUGGAAAGUGAUCAAGUACUUAAAAUAGAUAAUUUAACAGGAGAGAUAAAGAUUAUAAAAAGAUAA